UGUCUAACAAAUGCUGCCACCAUGAUUUGAUUAGGAAAUAACAUUGCCUUCAUAUUUAAAUAAGCGCUUUUGUGCACCUGACAUCUUCCGCAGGGUAAUUGAUACAAAUACAAACAUCACUUAGUUUCAGAGGUUUGUGUGUGUGUGUGUUGGUGCCUGUGUGUUUUUUUAACCCCUAUGCUCUCCGAUUACCUGCAUGUACCAAGUUGUCUGGGCGGGUCUUUGUGGCUGGAGAAGGUAAAACCUGCUAAAACAAAAAAGCUGAUACACUCAUCGGCUGCACUUAUUGGAUAGCACGUCACCGGAGAACAAAAAGGCUAUUGUGAGAUCCCUUUUACCUGAGCGUUUCUACAUUGCAUUCAAACCAGAAGACUAAUUCCUCCUCAUCUCUUGUGGGACCUUCCACCAUCCUUGUUCCAAACAUGGCGAUGGGCUUCUCCCCAGAGCAGGUGGCGUGUGUUUGUGAGGUUCUUCUCCAGAGUGGAAGCAUGGAUCGCUUGUCCUCAUUCUUAUGCUCUUUACCUUCCAUUUCUUCAUCUAAUGUUUAUCUGGGAAUGGUUCAGAGUCAAGAGAGCGUGCUGAAAGCACGAGCUGCGGUCGCCUUCCACCACUGUCGUUUUGCAGAGCUCUACGCCUUGUUAGAGGGGAACGUGUUCUCUCCACGCAGUCACCCUCUCCUCCAGCAGCUCUGGCUGCGGGCUCACUACAUGGAGGCUGAAUUACAGAGGGGCCGCCCUCUUGGGGCCGUGGGGAAGUACCGCAUCCGCCGCAAGUUCCCUCUACCCCGUACCAUCUGGGAUGGAGAGGAGACCAGCUACUGCUUCAAGGAAAAGUCUCGCAGCGUGUUGAGAGAGUGGUACUGCAGAAAGCCGUACCCCUCGCCACGAGAGAAACGAGAUUUGGCUGCAGCCACUGGACUCACUGCUACACAAGUCAGCAACUGGUUCAAGAACCGUCGUCAGCGGGACAGAGCUGCGACCAGCCGUCAGGGCAGAACCUCAGCAGGAGCGUUUCUGAGCUCAGAUGAAGAACUCUCACCGCCAGCGAGUCCCAGCACACUCUUCUCCUGCUCCCAGCAGCUCUCUGCCCACCCGCCCCCUCUACGCCACCUGGGACCAGCACACUACUGAAAUGAAUGCAGUGAAAUACAGGUCAAAAAACAACAUUUUGCAAUUUAAAGGUGUUGUGUUUUGUAUAUAAAUGGUCCCUUCUACCUGACAAGACAACAAAGUUGAAAUAUGCCUUAAGUCACAGCUGUGAGCCCUAGACUCUGUAAACAGCAUAAAAGAGAGUCAGGUGAAUAGAAGUCCCCUUUUUUGCCUUCUGUUGUAUUUUCUGACAUGAGGUCGGUUGACAGUCUGGUUAGCAAAAUAUCUAAAAUCGCUUACAGCACUUGUAACAAAGUCAAACAUCGGCUGACUUGUAAAGUUUGUAGUGCAAACUAACAUUUGUGCUUAACUGCAUACUGUAGUUCAGGAAAGUUUGUGGAACUAGCAAUAGUUUGAAUUAAAAAUGCUAAAGCAUCUUCCAUUUUUCACAAUGUGUGACAACUCAUAACGCUGCAUCUUCUUCCAUCGCUGUAAGUGAAUAACAUAUCUCUUUGUAAAAUGUCUUUUUUUAAAGUCUGCACGAAAUAAAAAAUCACCCUAUCUAUUUUCGAAAUGCAUGUUAUUGAUUUUAUUGUGAAUAAUUAAUUAAUCUGUUUCAUCUUUUUUUUAAAUUAACCUCAUCAUUUUCAGUCAAACUCAA